GCGUAAUAAAUACUUGCCAAGCAACACGUCUUUUAUUUAACAGUGGCGGCGAAUGGUAAAAUUAUUGUGUAAUUAAGUGUUUUAUCGGUAAAAAUGGCUGGCAAAGGUAAAUUUUCGGAGUUUGAUGUGAAAACGGGCAAUUGGACCUUAUAUUGCGAUAGGUUGGACAUGUACUUUUUAGCUAAUGGCGUUACGGACGAUUUGAAACUACCAACCUUGAUUGCAAACGUAGGUGAAAGUGCAUAUGAAUUGAUAGUGAAUUUAUGUAGUCCGGAAAAACCAUCUACAUUAACGUACGCUAAAGUGGUGAAAUUAGUGACGGAUCACUUGGAACCCGUGCCAUCGGCGUUAGCAGAACGUUAUAAGUUUCGGCAAUGCAGACAACAAAAUGGCCAAUCCAUUGCCGAGUACGUGGCCACGUUAAAACAAAUGGCGAGGUUUUGUGACUUCGGUAGCGUGACUAACGGGCUAGAAGAGAACCUCCGGGAUCAACUAGUGUGCGGGAUUACCAGUGACGCAAUUCGACAGAGGUUAUUUGCAGAUAAAAAACUCGAAUACAGUAAAGCGGUACUGAUAGCGACUACAAUGGAGUCGGCGGAGAAAGAUUCUAGUGCGGUGGAAUCUACGGCGAUAGGAAUGCACUACAAUGCCAGCCAAAGUGGAAAAAAACUGUGUACAGCGUGCGGCGACACUAGACAUGAGCGUUCCGCGUGCAAAUUUAAGGAUUACGUGUGCGACACGUGUUCACGUGUCGGUCAUCUACGGCGUGUGUGUCCCGAAAAGGAGGGGCACAAAGCUAGGGCAAGACCAGGAGCGACCAAGAGUUGGGGAACCAGUCAGGAGUACGCAAGUGGCUCGGGAGGCCGCGGCUAUAACGAGAGGGCGUUGACCGGCCGGGGAGGCAGCACGGCCGGCAGGAGGCGGCGAGGCGCGCGCUCGGGCGCGGCGCCCGCGCGCCAGCACUGCAUCCGGGAGCACCCCGGGCCGGCCGAGGACGCCAGCUGGCGGGGCGACGGCGGCGAGGGCGCGGGCCCUAGCCGACGCACGGACAGCGACGACGAAUGGCCAAUAUAUCAAAUGGGACUGAGUCAAUAUCCACCGGUUUAAAGAUGUGUUCGACGGAACCCUGGGUUGCUUCACCGGCGGGCGGGCUACGCUGCAGCUGCGCGAGGGGGCGGUGCCUGUGUAUUGCCGGGCGCGACCUUUGCCCUACGCGCUACGUCAGCGCGUGGACGCCGAA